GAGAUCCACCACCACCACCACCACAACCAUCCCUACUCCCGCCGCCGCCGCCGCCGCCGCCGCCGCCAUGGUGUCCGACGCCAGCAAGAAGAAGGCGGCGCAGAAGAAGGCCGCCGCCGCCGCCAAGAGGGGCGGCAAGGCCUCCUCCUCUUCCUCCGCCUCCGCCUCCUCCUCCACGGCUGAGAAGUCCGCCAACGGCAUCGCCGCGCUUAAGCUAUCCGAUCGCACCUGCACGGGAGUCCUCGCCUCCCACCCGCUCUCCCGCGAUAUCCAUAUAGAAUCCCUCUCAUUAACAUUUCAUGGUCAUGACCUUAUUGUCGAUUCUGAAUUGGAACUCAACUAUGGGAGGCGGUACGGUUUGCUCGGCUUAAACGGCUGUGGAAAAUCUACUCUGCUCACAGCAAUUGGAUGCAGGGAACUCCCUAUCCCUGAACACAUGGAUAUUUACCAUCUCUCCAGUGAGAUUGAGGCUUCAGACAUGUCUGCGCUACAGGCUGUUAUCUGUUGUGACGAAGAGAGAAUGAAGUUGGAAAAGGAAGCUGAAAUUUUGUCUGCUCAGGAUGAUGGUGGUGGUGAUGCUUUGGAUCGUAUAUAUGAGCGAUUGGAAGCACUAGAUGCAUCUACUGCUGAAAAGCGUGCUGCUGAGAUAUUGUUUGGUUUGGGCUUUAAUAAACAAAUGCAGGCAAAGAAAACCCAGGAUUUUUCUGGUGGUUGGCGUAUGAGGAUUGCUUUGGCAAGAGCAUUGUUCAUGAAUCCAACCAUCCUUUUGCUUGAUGAGCCAACAAACCAUCUUGAUCUUGAGGCCUGUGUCUGGCUGGAAGAGACACUAAAGAAGUUUGAUCGUAUACUUGUUGUCAUAUCACAUUCACAAGAUUUCCUAAAUGGUGUUUGCACUAACAUCAUCCAUAUGCAGAGCAAGAAGCUCAAGUUAUAUUCUGGUAAUUAUGACCAGUAUGUUCAAACUCGUUCUGAGCUUGAGGAGAAUCAAAUGAAGCAGUACAAAUGGGAGCAGGAACAGAUUGCUUCAAUGAAGGAGUACAUUGCACGCUUUGGGCAUGGAUCUGCAAAGCUUGCUCGUCAAGCUCAGAGCAAAGAGAAAACUCUUGCUAAGAUGGAACGAGGUGGGCUAACUGAGAAGGUUGUCAGGGACAAGGUACUGGUUUUCCGCUUUACAGAUGUUGGCAAACUUCCACCGCCAGUGCUGCAGUUUGUUGAAGUAUCAUUUGGGUAUACCCCAGAUAACCUCAUAUACAAGAAUCUCGACUUUGGUGUUGACCUUGACUCUAGAAUUGCAUUGGUUGGCCCGAAUGGUGCGGGCAAGAGCACUCUUCUGAAGCUCAUGACAGGUGACCUAGCUCCAUUAGAUGGUAUGGUCAGGCGCCACAACCACCUGCGAAUUGCACAGUAUCAUCAGCAUCUCGCAGAGAAGCUGGAUCUGGACAUGCCGGCCCUACAGUACAUGAUGAGGGAGUACCCUGGGAAUGAGGAGGAGAAGAUGAGGGCUGCAAUUGGUAAGUUUGGCUUGUCAGGCAAGGCACAGGUGAUGCCAAUGAGGAAUCUCUCCGAUGGGCAGAGGAGUCGGGUCAUCUUUGCAUGGCUGGCUUACAGGCAGCCUCAGCUGCUGCUGCUCGAUGAGCCGACGAACCAUCUGGACAUUGAGACCAUCGAUUCUCUGGCUGAGGCACUGAACGAGUGGGACGGUGGUUUGGUCCUGGUGAGCCAUGACUUCAGGCUGAUCAACCAGGUUGCUCAGGAGAUCUGGGUGUGCGAGAAGCAGGCGGUCACCAGGUGGGAAGGUGAUAUCAUGGACUUCAAGGAGCACUUGAAGAGCAGGGCUGGUCUGUCCGACUAAAAACGCCUGGCCUUCGUUUUUAUCUUCCCUCUUGGCAGCUCUUUGGAGAUUUCUUAUAGCCAUACCAAGUUUUGUCAUGUAUCUCGAGUCUAAUUUGUUUGUAGUAGCCGACUAUCUUAAUGAUCCUUAUUUCACUGAGAAAAAUGAUUAUUCGUAGUAGCGAAUGGUCAGUAUUGCACUGAGAAAAAGUUAUAAGAGAUGCUAUUUUUCUCCC